AUGAUUUGUUCACGCUGUCUAACCCGUCGGUCCCUCCCUCUGACCCAACAAACCCGUCUCUUCUCCUACACCCCCCUCUUGAGCUCCACCCCCUCCUCUCCUCGCACCACCGGCCCUCCAACCGCAACCUCCACCGGCGCAGCCCAACCUUUCUCAACCCCUCUCCCCCCCUCCCCCGCCGCCCAAGGAAUCUCCUCCCAUCCUUCCCCUACCAAAAAACCAACUCCCCUACCUACAUCCAGCAUUCCCGCGGGCACCAUCCUCCAAGGCCUCAAUUUCCUCAAAGGAAGAGAUGAUCCCGUCGCGUUAAAAGAAGAGGAAUAUCCAGAAUGGUUAUGGCACUGUUUAGACGAGAAGAAAGCUGCUGAUGGGGGUGCCGCGGCGGGAGGCGAUGAGUUCUCAAAAUCUAAAAAACUCCGUCGUGCCGCCGCCAAAGCCCGCAGGAAGGCAGAAGAACGCGCGCUCCUCUCAGGUGACACCUCUCUCCUCGAAGUAAAGGUUCCUCUGCAGCAACAAUCGGUCGAUUUGUCCAGUGAAGGCGAAGCCGCACUAGAACAACGAGGAGAUUUGGUAAAGGCGAUGAGGAAAGAGCGUCGCGCGAAGAUCAAGGAGGGUAAUUACUUGAAGGGAAUGUAA